AGUCCCUUGCGUGCCAAUUCUCAAGCCCAUAUAAACCAGAGACCCAACACAUAAGAGAUUCAAAGCUAAGAUAAAUGAAGCAAUAUAAAGAAAAAGGAAGCGAUUGAUAAUAAUAAUAAUAAUAAUAAUAAUAAUAAUAAAGACACGAAAACAAACCCUAGAGAUGGAGAAGAGAUAGAGAGACAAACGAGACCUCGAUGGCGAUGGCGAGGAGAUGAGCGGCGGCGUCGAUGGCGAGAUCGGGGGAUCCGGAUGAAGGGGAGGGAGAGAUCUGGGGAACCUGGGAGGAGCUUCUUCUCGCCUCGGCUGUUAGCCGCCACGGCACCCGUCGUUGGGACUCCGUCGCCAUGGAGGUGCAGUCUCGAAUCCCUACCUCCUCUGCUCAUCUUCUCACCCCUCUCCGCUGCAGCCAGCGUUUCCAUCUCCUCCAGAACCGGUUCUCCACCACCGCCGUCGCCAUCGCCGAUGGUGAGCCGGAGAUGAGCCGUUGCCUGAUAUCCCCCUGGCUCGAUGAGCUACGAAAACUCAGGGUCGCUGAACUCCGCCGGGAGGUUGAGCGAUCGGACCUUUCGAUCAGGAAUUUGCAAAUAAAGGUGGAAAGGCUGAAAGGCGAACGCGAGAGGAUUGCCGGAGAAGCGGAUCUGAAAUCGGGGGAGGGGAGGAAGGGAUCGGCUGGAUCUACACCGGAGACGCUUGCGGGGGACCGGAUCUCCGGCCGAUCAUGCAAGGAAUCUAACUCGACGGAUCCCAAGGAGGACGGGAGGAAACCCGGUGAAGACGCCAAGAACGCCAAGGAUACUGCCGGAGAUGGUAAGAGGAAAACGGAUCCGGUUGCCGGAGAGCGAUCCGAUGAUCGGAGCUCCGCCGCGGGUGAUCCCGACCCGGCCGAUCCGCGCGAGUCAGCGGCUGAGUCGAAGGGCGGUGAAACGGAGGAGAGGGAGAGGGAUGGGGAUGGGGAGAAGGAGAGCAGCGAGGUGCAGAGCUCGGCCAGCUUGACAAGGCGGCGGCGUAUGAGAAGGCGGAGGAAGGGGCCGUCGGUGAGCAGCGGCGCCGCUGACGAGCCGGAGACCGACGUGGUUACCCCUCAUGCUGCCAGCGUGCCCUUCACGGCAUCACAGCCGUUGGUUUCGUUCCUGGAGAUCAUCCGAUCAAGCAACCCGGGCUCCGUCUUUGCGCGGCGAAUGGAUAGCCAGAAAACCGCGAAAUACAAGAGCUUGAUCAGGCGCCACGUGGAUUUGGAGAUGGUUACGAGGAGGAUCGAGCGGUCUGGAAGUGCGUACACGAGCUCGGAGUUCUUCCGCGACCUCCUGCUUCUCUGCAACAACGCCAUUGUUUUCUUUGCAAAAAGCUCCGACGAGGCAAUCGCAGCCGUUCAUCUCCGCGACCUGAUCUCAAAGGAGAUGACGGCUGCUGUUCAACCCCCGCCUGCGGCGACGGCGCCACCUCCCCAGCCGGCGAAGCUUAAAGAGGAUCCGGAUCUUCCUCGCUCUUUGCUAGAGAAAUCCACAUCCGCUGCCCCGUUGAUCACAUGCCGUAAACGGAGCUCCAUCUCAGCUAAGAAAGCGGAUCCGGAACGGAAGGAGGAGAAACCAGAGCCGGAUCGAAAGGAGCGAGAUGUUGAGGAUCCGAUCCACAAGAAGAAGACCAAGGAACGAUCUUCGUUUCCUCCCUCUAGUGGCUUCAGGACCAACAAGAUGCGAGCUCUUCCCAAAAACUCUAAUCCCGAUCCCGCCUCAAAUCUCAAUGCCCAGGUGGCGGAGACGGCGGAGGCCGAUUCCACUCCCAAAGUAGAGAAGAAGAACACGCCGAAUGAUGGCUCGUCCGCGUCCCUGAGCAAGAAGCGGAGCGCCACUAGCUUCUUGAACCGUAUGAAGAGAAGUUCCCCAUCGAAUGGUACACUUCUAGAAUCUCUGAAGAGCUCCGGCGCCGCCUCCAGCAGCGGUGGAAAAGCAACAGAUCAGAAGAAGUCCGGAAAAGGGGAAUCUCGCAAGGAGCGAAGCUCCAAGUCGGGCGCUACCACAAAGCAGACGCCGGAACCGAGUGCUCCGACGAAGAGGAGUGUUGGAAGGCCACCGAAACGCGGGGCUGCGCCACCGUCGAAGCGGGCUAGGGAGGAGGCAGAGGGAUCAAAGCCGACGCCGCCGGCGAGGAAGAGAGGGAGGCGAUGAUGAUACGAUGAGUGUGAGUGGCAUUCUCUGUAAAUCGUGUACCUUUGCUAGGGCUUAGUUGUAACCAAAAAAAAAAAAAACCUUGUAAUUUUUAUUUUUAUUUGUUUUUUAUUUUGGCUUAACGGGUUGACGGGUUAACGGGUUUCUUAAAACAGAAGUCAGGAGUCAAGUCAGUGGUGUUUGGUAGGUUUGUCGCACACUAGGAACCAAAAUAGUUAGCUUAUUUCAAAGGAUGGAGCUUCUGCGCACUUUAAAAUUUUCAUUAUUAUUAUUAUUAUUAUUAUGAUUA